AUGGCGGCUUUCUACUUGCCGGUGACGAUAAUGAGUGUUCUCUACUGGCGCAUUUACAAGGAGACUCAAAACCGCUCCAAAGAGUUGGCUGGUUUGCAGGGCUCAGGGGGCCGUGGUGGGAUAGGAGGCAGAGGUGGGAAUGGUGCAGGAGACCGAGCCCGUUUUGUCCAUCAGACAGGAAGUUCUAGAAGUUGCAGUAGUUACGAACUAACCAGGUUGUCAAGGAGAAGGAGCACAUGUCGGGAACUGGUUGGUCGCUUCCACUGUUGGCCUGGUGUACGCUCUUGGCGACCUGGCAGUAUCCGUCAUGGGGACCGCGAUCCAGACCAGAGCAGCAGUGACAGUUGGAACAACAAUGACGCACAGGUAUCACUGGACCAAUCUGGGUCUUCAGAUGAUGAGGACUGUGGGGGCAGAGAGAUGAUUUCUCAGAGUCAUGCUAUUUUCUCCAUCGUUCUUAGUCUGCCUGGUAUCAAAGCUGCAGUAAACUCCCAACUUACAUCAUGUGAGGAUCUGGAUGCAGCCUCAGAGGAGGAUCCUCUCAGAGGAGCGGAGUAUAAUCGAGACAGCCUCUCAACUCUCACCACCAACACCACUGCUGAUACCCCUGACACUGAUGGAGCAAACAGUUCAGACAAUAACUACCAUCAACGCUUCUGUCCACGGAAGAUUCAGUCAAUGCCUACCAUCCAGUCUAACUCUAACCAAGGCUCUCUGGAUGAUUCACAAAAAACUACCGCCAAUGCCACCACCACCACCACCACUACCACCAGCACUGCUACAAAGUCCCCCUCUCUUCCAUUGUCUUUCAAAGAGGCCGCUAUGGCGAAGCGUUUUGCCACCCGAGCUCGAACACAGAUCACCAAGAGGAAGCGUAUGUCCUUAGUGAAGGAGAAGAAGGCAGCUCAAACUCUCAGUGCUAUCCUCUUUGCAUUUAUCAUCACAUGGACACCUUACAACAUUAUGGUGUUGGUAAAUGCCUUCUGUAAAGGGUGCAUACCGGAGACCCUGUGGGCAGUAGGGUACUGGUUGUGCUACGUCAACAGCACAGUCAACCCAAUGUGCUACGCCCUGUGCAACAAGACUUUUCGUACAACUUUUAAGAUGAUACUGAUGUGUCGCUGGGAUCAGAAAAAAAGGAGGAAGCAGCAAUUCCAGCAGAGGCAGUCGGUGGUCUUCCAUAAGAGGAUACCCAGGGAGUCCACGUAA